CUCUCUCACUCUAACACACACUCUGUCUGUCUCUCUCAAGCGUAUGCCUUAAUCUCACUUUCACGCUUCCCCUCGGGAAUGCAUGUGGGUGUGUGUACGCUUCGGACAAUAAGGAAAAAUUUAAUAAUUUAACGUCGCUGGAGAUCAGUACAGUCACUGUAAUGUGGCUGGAGGAGUUACAAGUUAUUAAGAAUACAUGAAAAAGUCACAAAUCCGGGUCCAAGCCCAGCUGAAAGGCCCCACCAGGUCUGAGACCAUCUAGGUUUCCUUCAGAGCCAGGAAACCCUCCUGCCAGGGAAAUUUGUAUCAGAGGACCUGAUUGGUCUCAGUAGCAACAUCAUGGAAUUGGAAAAGCCUUCGAAUGGCGUCCAUUACCCUGAGCAUGUGACCAUUGAAACUAUGUGUACAGAUGAAGAUGUGACUGUUUUGCCAAGGGUUCAUGAUACCAAAGCCACUCCAGAAGAACGUGAGGAGUUCCUGCCUCAUAAGCCUGAUGAGCAAAACCAGAGUCAGUUUACUGACUUUGUUGGAAAGACCUCUUUGGGAAUGUCCAUCUUCAACCUCAGUAAUGCCAUCAUGGGUAGUGGAAUUCUGGGCUUGGCAUACGCCAUGGCCAACACUGGCAUCAUCCUCUUCGUGAUUCUGCUGACCAGUAUCGCCGCCUUGUCUGCUUACUCAAUUCACCUUCUCCUGAGAAGCGCCGGUAUUGUAGGGAUCCGUUCCUAUGAACAGCUGGGCAAUCGGGCCUUCGGUGCUCCGGGGAAAGUUCUGGCGGCUUGUGUCAUCACCAUACACAACAUCGGAGCCAUGUCCAGCUACCUCUUCAUUGUGAAGUCUGAGCUUCCGCUGGUCAUUCAAAACUUUAUGGGAGCCCCAUCCAACUCUGGAGAGUGGUAUCUGAACGGCAAAUACCUGGUUAUCAUUGCCAGCCUGAUAAUUAUCCUGCCUCUUGCUCUCAUGCGGCAGCUUGGAUACCUUGGCUACACUAGUGGACUCUCCUUGACAUGCAUGGUGUUCUUCCUUAUCUCUGUGAUCUACAAAAAGUUUAAUGUCGGAUGUCCUUUAGAAGAUCACAACCUGACCCAGCCCUUAACAGUUAUGGUCAACAGCACCAGUGAAGACGAUGUGUGCGAGGCCAAACUCAUCACGUAUAACUCAAGGACAGCGUACGCCAUUCCAAUUGUGGCGUUUGCCUUUGUUUGCCACCCAGAGGUUCUGCCCAUCUACAUGGAACUCCGGAAGCCGACGAUGAAGCGCAUGCAGAGAGUUGCUAACAUCUCCGUCUUAGCAAUGUUUGUCAUGUACCUUCUAACAGCUGUCUUUGGCUACCUCACCUUCUAUGAUAAGGUGGGCUCGGAGUUCCUCCAUACCUACAAGGGAGACAGUGCAGACCACCUGAUUCUGUGUGUGCGUUUGGCUGUGCUCAUGGCUGUGACCCUCACAGUGCCCGUGGUCAUCUUCCCCAUCCGGAGAGCCCUGCUCCAAAUCUUUUUUCAUGACAAGCCUUUCAAUUGGGUGCGUCACAUCAGUGUUGCAUUUGGCCUGCUGGUCUUUGUCAACAUCCUGGUCAUCUCCAUACCCAACAUCAAAGACAUCUUUGGAGUCAUUGGAGCCACAUCAGCGCCCACCCUGAUCUUCAUACUUCCAGGAAUAUUCUACAUAAGAAUUGUCCCUGAGAAUUUGGAAGCACUGAACUCCAGACCAAAGAUUCAGGCUGCCUGUUUCGCAGCUGCAGGACUCUUGCUUAUAGUGAUCAGCAUAUCCUUCAUCAUUAUGCACUGGGCAUCUGGAGGAAACCAAAGCAUAGGUGGGCACUAACACAUCACCAGCAGCCAAAGACAUGACUGCAGGACAGCACAUCCCUACCCUACUGGAGUGCCAGUCUCAGUCAUGCACGUCUUUGGCUGUGAUAAAGACUGCAUUGCAAAGGAGCCUUGGGUUUAACAAAAGAGGCUUAUUCUCCUGUAGCUGAAAUGAUCCUGUGUCAUUUCCCUAAAUGGUCCAAUCAGGUUUUCUCAAACUUCCGUCUUUAUUACGUCCAUCCAAGUCUGAAUUGUAUCAAGUUGCAGGGUUGUUCAGUGUUCCGCUCAAGGUUGGGUAAUGAUAUCUACAGUGGAAGCCAAAUCCAUACUAAGGCAAUCUUUUCAGCUUCCUGUAUAAAUCACAGGAGGAAUGCUAAUACAGUUGAAUGAAUUUUGAUUUAAAGUCCCUUAAAAAAAAAAAACAAAGUGACAGUUGCUGCAAUUUUAGUAAAUAGUUUAGUACAUAGAAAAAGUGAAAAUACAAAGAAUAAAAAUGUUUAAUGUAAUAUAUUUCUUUCAUCCUGCAACUUGAAAUGUUUUACUUUGAAAUCUAUAUUUAUAAUGCAACUCAGAGCAAAUAUAUAGUCAGUUUUGUUUCUGUCCCAAUGUAAUGACAAGUGAGAAGUAGGUCUUUCGUAUCUGUUGGCCUGUGAGCUUGAAAGCUGGACCUGUUUGGCUAUUAUAGUUACCUACCCCUUGCCACGCAGCAAGCCCAGCAGUUGCUUGUCAAGCCCUUGACCAGUUACCCGCCAUGGGACAGCUGCCACCCUUCUUAGCCGUAUGGACGUUAUUUAGUUUGUUUUGUUGGGAAUGAUGUGUCAUGUCCAACUAUUUUUGAUAAUGUCUCCCAGAAACAGCUGUUUCAAAACAAUGUAUCUACACAUCCUUGUAUACAUGUGUCCAUUUUGCUCCCACUGUUUGUUCACACUGCAUCGAUGCAGAUGUAACCUAACCAGAUCUCCUUGACCAGAGUCCUGAGAAGAAAACCAGGGCUGAUGUUUUCCUGUGUUCUGAUGGCAGUGAGACGGUCUCGAGCAUUUCCAUGAAAACUGUUAUCCCUUAAGUGGCAGAGUAGGAAAAGGAUACCCACUAAACGCAACGGCCGCUGUGGCAUUGUGCUCAUUUAUGUUUUGUCUUUUUUUUCUUUGUUGAUUCGUGUCACUGUUUUCCAUCCAUUCUCUGGUUAUGUCAAUGUAAGAACCAGGUCAAGACAAUUUACUUGUAAGUGUGAACUUAUGUAGCCAGUGAAGCUCAAUCAGUGUCAUUCAUUCAAUGUGCAAAAGCUCAAGAGGACUGACUGGACCAGGAGUCAAUCUCGUUGGACUGCAUGGUCACUCUAAUCAACACUGAUUUAAAUUUUUAUCCAAGCUAUUCAGUAUUAUUGCAACAAAGCCAAAAUGUGUAGAUUUAAUGGCUCAGAACAUCACAAAAUAGGAUUAAUCAGAACAUGGGAGGUUCAGUCAGUGACUGAAAGAGCUGUGACCAAAAACUCACUGAUUUUUUUGUCCAUUAUCUGAAAGGAUGCAAGGAUGGUCUCUUUCCAUAAAGAGACCAUCCUUUCUGUCUUGUCUGUUCCAAUAAAUGCAGUUGAAUGAUUUUUAAAAA